GAUGGACAGCGCUGGAUAUCGAACGGCUUCGCGGACUGGUUACCUGCGGACGGUCUGCCCAUUGUGUGGUCAAGGUAUAAGUGGAGAAUGUCGAUUGUCAUUGGUGUCCUGGGACGCUUGGUAUGCAAACUAUAAUGCAAUGCGUCCGAGAUCCCCAGUCUUCAAGAUGCAGGAAAAGCUAUCUUCCAUCUUCCCCUGGCUCCUGGCUGGAAGAAAAAAGAAAUUCUUGUAAUGCGAUGGAUGCGAUGGACGAGCACGCAAACAUGCACGCUUGACAGACAUUUCUUUGAUGCCAUCUUUCCAUUGCUCUUCUGGGAAGCCCUUCAUUCAUGCGAGGUCUUUCAAUUACAUUAUACAUCUCGUCUCUAUUCUAUAUUUACCAUCCUCACAGACUCCCAAGCCGAAAACUUUGAUUUGUUCAUCCAAUUUGAUAUCUCCACCUCACCUCAAACUCAAUAAUUCGAGCGAUCCAUCUGCCUUUUGUACAGGGAAACUCCCAGGUUUUCCACCCAUCAAACUACAAUUGCACUAGGGGAAACUAAAAAACUAGCAGCAAACAUCUUAUCUAGACUUUCCAAUCUUUUUCCUGGGUUCAUUCAUUUUCAUUCGUCAAAUCCAAUUUACAUCAUAUCAUUAUAUUAUUCUUCCCCGUAGUCCUUGCUCAAAGCGCUCUGCGAGCGUGAGGCAGAUACGGGUUUUGGAAUCUAGCUUACCAUACAACACACGCAUACACAUACAUAUACAUACACCAUCCAUACUUUGGCUCUUUGCCUUGUACAUAGCAAUUGGAAUCCGAAAUAAUGUCAUUCCCCUCACCGGCCUCUGCGCCGACUCGGCGUCGUGGAGAUUCCGUCUCAUCGUACUCAAGUCCCCGCCUGAUCCCUCAUGCGUCGGCUUCGCAAGAUGGUCUCUCUAAUAUGCCAUCUGAUCUGAACCACGGCUCCUUUCGAGGCCAAUCUACACAGCAGAAUUCACACUCUAAUACCUCCGGCGCGGCACACCAAUACCAACCCACACGUUCUUUUGUUCAUCUCUCCUAUCGUGGAGAUCCAGUCCUCGUAGACAGCGCACAGUAUGCCCGCAGCGUUAGAGAAGAUACGGCCGAACUUGCGUCAUAUGCCCUGUCCGACACCCCAGCCCCAGGUCCUCCCUCCCCAACCCGAACACGCACAAGCCAUCAGAUGCACCUCGAAUCAUACUUCAAUGGAGGUGAAGACGAGUCAAGAUCAAGUCGAGAUAUCGAGCAAUCCCGUCACGAAACGAUAGAAGAAGUUUCUGAACCAGUUACCCCAGAAGACGGCUCCACAAGCAGCCUUCCACAUAGCGCAUCGGCUAUAACGAACAUGCUGAGAACUUCUCCUCCUAGUACAUCACUGCCGAACGAAAAUGGGACUUUGGGCUAUGGAGCCAUUGAGAGUGGACAAGGCGAUUCCAAUUCGAGGGACGGCCGUCUCAUAAUCACAUCGCAGGGCGUUAAGAUGGACUCGUCAGAACGUACACCCUUGUUGUCCAAAGUCUCGUCUUCACAUUCUCACCCCGAUUGGAUAAGAGGGGAUCAUGAUCUCGAAAGUUUGCAUACGAAAAGAUCCCAAUCUUGGCCAAAGCUACGGAAUGUUCUGCAAUCAACUAGGGAACGAGGUACCGUCGUUGUUGAAACCGCUUUCAACCCCAAGCGCUGGGAUAGAAUGGCGAUGUGGCAGAACUGUGUUAUUGCACCCGCCCAAUCGCUUCCAUCAGUACUUUUGGGAAUGUUGCUUAAUAUAUUGGAUGCAUUGUCAUAUGGAAUGAUCUUAUUCCCUCUAGGACAACCAAUUUUUGAAAAACUUGGUGCUGCCGGCAUCUCCAUAUUCUACGUGAGUACAAUAAUUUCACAAUUGGUGUUCUCAUGCGGUAUGAGUACAUUCAAAGGAGGUAUUGGUAGUGAGAUGAUAGAAGUUGUGCCAUUCUUUCAUAAAAUGGCGUUUACGAUAAUGGAAGUGGUUGGCGAAGAUAAUCCCGAAGCCGUCAUCGCGACAACUAUCACGUCAUAUGCGAUUAGUUCCAUUUUAACAGGUCUUGUAUUCUUCCUCAUGGGAACUUGUGGUUUUGGUUACAUUGUUGGGUUUAUUCCAAGACAUAUACUCAUUGGAUGCAUUGGUGGUGUUGGUUGGUUCCUCAUCGCCACUGGAUUUGAGGUUACAGCACGCCUUGAUGGAAAUUUGAAUUAUGACAUGCACACUCUACACAAGAUGUUCGAGUCAGAUACAAUUGCCUUAUGGGUCAUUCCUUUCUCCAUUGCUCUCUUCAUUUUCUGGUCGCAAACUAAAAUUACCUCGAAAUUUUAUUUGUCCGCCGUUAUCAUGACUAUUCCAGCAGUGUUUUACUUUUUUGUCCUUUCAUUGGAUGAGCUGGAAGUACCCAACUUACGUCGAAAUGGCUGGAUUUUUGAAGGUCCUGAAGCUAGUGAACCAUGGUGGUAUUUCUGGACCUUGUACAAAUUCCACCUUGUUCGUUGGGACGCUAUUCUCGAAAACGUCCCUGCUAUGUUUGCUUUGACAUUUUUCGGACUUUUGCAUGUUCCUAUCAAUGUUCCAGCAUUGGCCAUCAACGUUGGUGAGGAUAAUCUUAACUUGGAUCGAGAACUAAUUGCACAUGGUAUCUCCAAUAUGCUAUCUGGAUUUGCAGGAAGUGUUCAGAACUAUUUGGUCUAUACCAAUUCCAUCCUAUUUAUGAGAUCAGGUGGUAAUCGCUUGGCUGGUAUUUUACUUGCUGCUGCUACUUUUGGCAUUUUGAUGUAUGGACUAAUUUUAAUUGGGUACAUUCCGGUUAUGAUGGUUGGGGCUCUCAUCUUUGUGCUUGGUUUCGAACUCUUGGUUGAGGCUGUGUGGGUACCAAGGAAGAAGUUGAAGCCCCUUGAGUAUUUGACAGUUUGCAUAAUAGUUAUCACCAUGGGUGUCUAUGAUUUCGUUGCUGGAAUUUUCCUUGGUAUCGGCCUUGCCUUUGUAUCCUUGGUCGUCCAGACAUCCAGAAUUCCCGCUGUCAGAGCAUCUUACUCAGGUGAGAUAGCUGGAUCCACUGUUCGUAGAAACGCUACCCAGUCCCGUUACCUUCGAGAUGUGGGCCAACAAAUUCAUGUCACAAAGUUGGCUGGAUAUCUUUUCUUUGGUACCAUCGUCAGUGUCGAGGAACGUAUUCGUGCUUUGGUCGAGGAUGAAGCAUUCACCGAAAGACCGAUACGUUUCUUGAUAUUCGAUCUCUACCAUGUUACAGGAAUUGACUAUUCUGCUGCGGAGGCAUUUCUACGAUUGAAUCGAAUCUUCAGCAAGAAAGGUGUUACUUUAUCUCUUAGCGGUGUGGACCCAGAAGGCCCUAUUGGAAGUCAUCUUAGAUCCGUUGGUCUUGGACAAGGCCUAGUGAUUGACGAUGGUAACGAAGUAACCUUAUUUCAGGAUCUUAAUUCUGCAUUAGAGAGUUGCGAAAACGAACUAUUGAAAACACUCUACGCCAGUCAACAAGCUCGCGCCAAUCAUAAUGGAACGACCGAUCACCUAGAAGUACCCGCAAGUCGAAGUCGUGGCAAAUCAUUCUCACAUUCUUUCGAUACCCAAUUCAGUUCUCCAAGACGUAAUCAACUUUUCCGAAUGGCUACUAAUGCUUUGGAAGAAACUACCGUACCUGAUAUCAAAUAUUCUAAUUUCAAAGAACCCCUUCGCUUAAUCCUUCAAACUUUCCAAGGUCUCACCAAUAAGAAUGAAGACUUCUGGUUUCGCGUCGUUCCCUUCUUUACUCGUAAAGAGUAUGUUGCAGGAACAACACUUUACCGUCGUGGUGAGCCAGCAAAAGGCUUCUAUCUCCUUGAAGAAGGUAUUCUUCGUGCUGAUUACGAAUUACCUCAAGGUCGCUACUUUGAAAGUAUAGUUGCGGGAACGACAUGUGGAGAAUUACCAUUUUUCUCGGAAACUGAUCGUACGGCUACAGUGGUGGCGGAAAGAGAUUGUGUAGCAUGGUUGAUGGAUAAAAAGGACUGGGAGGAUCUGCAAGAAAAAGAUAAGGAAGUUGCUCAGGAAUUAUUGAGGAUUGGAUUGAAGUUGACAAGUGAGAGGAUGAGUGCUAUUACAAGUUAUGUCUUGACUACUGCUGGGUAGGAAGCGAGAAUUUGAAUACAUUGGUAUUGAAGUCGUAUCCAAGAUUUCUCGCUUUGGAUAGGUGAAGGGUGGGAUGCUAUUUGCAAUUGUUUCAUUGGGCUACGAGAUGGUGGUUGUAUUUAAUGGACGAAUGGAUGGAUGCAUAUUAUAUUUAUGUGUACAUGCAUGUAUGAAGGAGAUUUAUCGGUCUACGGUACAUUUAUAUUUUAUUUUGAAAUACUUUUUAGUAGGUAUAGUGGAAGAUAUUCGAUGUAUUUAAUUUGUUUAGCUUGAUGUGGUGUGGUGUGGUCUUUUGCUUGAUGGCGUUUGGAAUGGAAAAUUGGGAAAAUGGGCAAAAGUUAAAAGGAAAUUGAGGGGGAAGAAGAAGAGGGUAUUGGGGUUGUGUUGUGUUUAGUGUGUAUUUAGAUGGAUUCAUGGAUGGGCAGAUGUGGUAAUAGAUUUGGAUGCGGGAAGGAGGAGGGAUAAGGGAUGAGGGAUAAGAGGGAGGGGAAAAGACAAAAGGGGGAAAAGGCCAAAAGGGAAAUGGGAAGAGUAGAGCAGUAUUAUAGAAUUGGAUAAUUAAGAAAUUUUGAAGUUGCGGAAUAAUUGUUUCCCCCCCCCCCCCA